AGGCGUUUGUUAUAAAAUUAGUGUACGCGGUGCAACUAGUGUAUACUGUUUGUUAUACCAAUUCUGUGUACACUGAACAGCAAUUGUUGCGCCUGGUCAAAAGGAGGUGUAGGUAGUGCAGAGUGGCGGGAAAACGUAUUAUUCUAACCUUAAUUUGUUACAGUUUCUUGUGUUUUCACUUUUCACGUUUGAUUAUAUGUUUUGGACGGAUGAUUUGCAUAUAUUUCCUUUUAUGAAAGCUGUUUUGUAAUAAAUUAAAAUGUGUAGUGCAAACCAAGUACCGAAACAUGUUAUAUUUUAUAUAAAUGGAGAAGAAGUUUUGAUUUCUGAUAAAAAUCCUGAAAUCCGGUAUCGAUUGAUAGAUGAAGACGAUUUCGCAGUUUCAUAUAUUCAGGAUGCGAUACAAAAUGGUAUAUACGAUUUAGAUGGUGAACUUGUUUCAAUUUGUCGUUUGGAAGGUAACAGUGAUGUGAAAAUUUUAUUAGAAAGAGACGCUGGAGAAUCUUCUAGCAUGUCAGUAAAUGAUGAUAACAACAUUGCUUUAGAAGAUGGAGCACUAGCGAUACAGAGUUGGACAGAAGCUCCUACAAAGCUCUUAAUUGAGCUGUAUAAUAACUACAGCCCAAAAGUUGGGAAAGUAGUUAAAUUAAAAAAUAAAAAAAAAAUGUGGGAAGCCAUUAAAGAUGAUAUGGAAAAACAAAAUUAUACCUUUACUGCUGCCCAAAUUGAAAAUCGGUGGAAAACGUUAGAGAGGUCUUUUAAAAAGAAGACUGAAAAUAAUAAUAAAACUGGACGGGCUAGAGCAAGCUGUCCAUAUGAAAGGGAGUUAACAGAAUGUUUUGCCAAAAAAUCGAACGUUUUUCCUGAUUUUACAUUGGACCGGGAUGGAAAUGGAAAAAACAAAAGCGACAUUAUAAAAGACGCGGAUAUCACAGUGGAAGUUCCGAAGAUAAAUUCGCAACCUACAGAAAAUGUACAAUGUCGUAAGAGUGAAACUUCCACAUCUUCUCAUGCAGAUGAGCCUUUUGCUGAGAGUAGCCAAAAUACAACAGAACACCAAAAAAAAAAGCAAAAGGAGUUGCAGGAGAGCUACGAGAAUUAAGACAUGCCAGGCAA